AUGGCAAGCAGGGAGAUCUCACGGAGUCUAUGGAGGGCGGUCGAUGCCCUGGGAAGCCGACCACGACCUCAAUGCGAACGGACGAUUCGAUAUGCUCAGCGGAGCUUUCAGCCCACAACGCGGCGAUGCAUCUCGACAACGACCGCACGGCGUGCAGAGGUCACAGAGGAAGAGCUACGUGAGCCAUUCACAGCGGCACCCGAGAUCGACUUUGAGAGCACCGGCGGUGGCGCAGGAAAGAGCGACAAAAAGAUCAACCUCGGGGCACUGCGUGUUGUCCCAGCAUCGCCCUCCUACUUCAGCGCAAAGCCUACGUUCACCGACGACUUCCUCUCCCUCUCUGCUCUCCUUCGAAAGGUCGCUACACUACCCGUCAUACCGCCCGCCGAAGCACCCAAAGUGGCGUGGAAGACAAUCGAGCAGUACCGCAUCAUGACCAACGAACCAGUAAAGACGGCGCGUUAUCACAGGAUGUUGCAAAUAUUGCGGAGACUGAACUGCAUUCACCCCUCCCUCAUGCCCGAUGAGGUUGUGCAGGCAAUGCUACGGUACAAGAAGCCUAACCAGCCUGGUGACAUUGUCCCGAAGCCUGGCGUGAUUGAUGAGCUUGGACGUGCCAAGGGUGUCGGGCGGAGAAAGACAUCUUCUGCUGUGGCAUGGUUGGUAGAAGGUGAAGGUGAGGUACUGGUCAACGGCAAGUCCCUCUCGGAGUUCUUUGGAAGGCUACACCACCGCGAGAGCGCUGUGUGGGCACUCAAGGCUACCCAGCGUCUUGACAAGUACAACGUCUUUGCUUUGGUGCAGGGUGGUGGCCUGACUGGUCAGGCGGAAGCAAUGACCCUGGCCGUAGCGAAAUCUUUGCUGGUCCAUGAGCCGGCGCUGAAGCCUGCGCUACGACGAGCUGGAACCAUAACACGCGAUCCAAGGAAGGUGGAGAGGAAGAAGCCAGGCCACGUCAAGGCACGUAAGAUGCCCACCUGGGUCAAGCGAUAA